CUUGCAUAACAUCAACCCCCUCUCUCACUCUCUCACUCUCUCUGCGUAUCUACUUAUCUGUGUAGCAUCCCAAGCAACUCCAAUGGCAGCUCAAAAUACUUUGUCAGCUAUUACUUCAUUUACUCCCAAAUCUAUUCCACAGCUCUUAAAACCUGCUCAUCUUCAAACAACUUCAGUACGUAAAGAUAGACACAUAUCGAGCUUGACUACCUCAGAUCGACUCAAAUGGCGUUCAAAGCCUUUAAAACCUAAUGAAUUCAUCUGCAAAUGCAUCAACCGAUCUCUGCUACAGUGUCAGCCGGAAGACACUGUUGUAAAGCAUGCAAAAUUGGUAGAAGUUGUUCGGGAAAUGACCACCAAUGGUAUUGAUAAUGUCAAGUUUGACCAUUUGUUAAUGGUGGAUGCACUUGAACGACUAGGACUUGAUUAUCACUAUGAAGAUGAAAUCAAUCUAAUUCUUGAACAAUGCUACCUUCAAAUUAUUAAGAAAGGUUUCAUUGAACAUCGAAAUCUUUAUGAGGUCUCCUUAUCUUUUCGAAUCUUAAGGCAGAGAGGUUUCCGCGUGCCUUCAGAUGUUUUUGAGUUAUUUAUGGGAAAGAAUGGCAAGUUUAUUGAAAAUCUUAAAUAUGACAUUAGAGGUUUGACGGAACUAUAUGAAGCUUCACAUUUAAGUAUAGAGGGAGAAGACGUACUCGAAGAAGCUGCAAAAUUUAGCAGCCACAUGCUGCAAAAUACACUGAGUUCUCUUGAUGAUAAAGAGGCUAGAAGGGUCAAAUAUACACUUGAAAAUCCCCACCGAAGAAACUUUACAUACUUGAGUUUACUCAACUCCCCCAAAGAGUUUGAUGCCCCAAUCUUGAAAGAAUUGGCAGAACUUGAAUGCAUGAUAGCUCAACCCAUACGCAAGAUGGAAAUAAAUGAAGUCUUAAGGUGGUGGAAGGACCUAGGGUUGGGGCAAGACUUGAAACUUGCAAGGAACCAACCUUUAAAGUGGUAUGUUGGGUCUAUGGCUUCCUUAGCAGAUCCCACCUUGUCGCAGCAGAGAAUCGAUAUGACAAAAACCAUUACUCUCAUUUAUAUUAUAGAUGACGUUUUUGAUAUCUACGGGACCCUCAAUGAACUUACUCUUCUGACAGAAGCCGUCAACAUGUGGGAUAUCAGUGUUGUAGAUCAACUUCCAUACUAUGUCAAGUCAUCCUUCAAAGCUGUAUAUGACACUACAAAUGAAAUUGCAUCCAGAGUUUAUGAGAAACAUGGAUUUAACCCCAUAAAAUCCUUACGGAAGUCGUGGGCAACACUUUUUGACGCAUUUCUGGUAGAAGCAAAAUGGUUUGCUUCUGGACAUAUUCCAAAGUCAGAAGAAUACUUGAAGAAUGGGUUAAUCACUAUAGGUGUACAAGUUUUCCUAGUUCACAUGUUUUUUCUCCUUGGGGAUGGUAACACCGAAGAAAAAGCGAACCUUAUAGACAAUAAUCAUGAAAUUGUGUCAUCAGUUUCAAAUAUUUUCCGUAUUUCAAAUGACUUGCAAUAUGAAAAGGAUGAGAAUCAAGAAGGCCAUGAUGGAUCAUAUUUCAAGUAUCUCCUCAUGGAACAUGAGUUUAAUUCCACUGAGAUUGCCCAUGAGUAUGUCAAGAAGAUCAUUUCAGACACAUGGAAGUGUUUAAACAAGGAAUGCCUCUCUCCUAACCCUUUUUCGGAGAAAUUCUUGAAGGGCUGCAUAAACCUGGCAAGGCUGGCUCCAUUAAUGUAUGGUUACAAUAACAAGAAUUCUUCUGAUCUAAUAGAAAAAUAUAUUAGAUCUAUCCUAUGAAACAAUUUUUUGUACUAAUAAUUGAACCUUCAGUUAUGGGUUGUUGAUGUUCAAUAUAAGAUUAAUCCACGUUGUGUAUA